GCCGGCUUCACCGAUCCCACUGUCGACGCCGGCGACGACAACGACGGCGAUGUCGAACUACCCUUCAACACCGGGCGACGGCGCGGAGAGCCCCUCUGUCUCUGGCACACCGACGCCGCAUGGCCAACUUCACCGUUCAUUGAGCGGCAGCGGCUCGUUCUCCACUGCGGGGACGCCUCAGCACCACCAUCAGGGCACUUCCUACUUCUCCCAGACCCCCUCGUCCCCGGGCGGUCCUAGGAGGCCGCACAUGUACAACCGAAGCGCGUCGGCGGCAAGCACGACGCGCCGCGGCGCGCGGAGCACCAGUGUGGCGAACAGCGCGCGGGAUAUGUUGAGCGAGGAUGACGAAGAUGAGGACGAGGAUGAAGACGAUGUCAGCAUCGUGGAGAGCCUGCGCGCGCGUCGCGGCAAGGGACGCGAGGCUCCUCAAGCCGAAGGCGACGCUGAGGACGAGGACGAUGACGCAGACUUGGACCCGAUAACACUCAAAGAACGCCAGUCCCUGAUCAACGUCGAGCACCCUUUCGGGUUGCCCAUCUGGAAGCCCGCGCUCUACAAGAAGUCGCGCACCGUCACACGGAAUGCGGAUGAGGCCCUACACUCCAUUCCCUCAGCCCAGGCCGAGCGCCAUCUUCUACCGGGAAAUGUGCUAUGGACAGCGCUCUUCGGCUGGUGGCUCGCGCUCGUGUGCUUCGUCCUGUCUGGGCUGCUUUACUUCAUCCCACAAGGAGGCUGCCGCUUCUCGACGCUCAUCUUUGGGCUAGGGUGGUAUAUUGCUUGGCCAUUCGGCAAAUACGUGGAAGGCGAGGGCCCAGAGCGGUUGGAAGUCACCGAAGAUGAAGAGUCGGGUUCUCCGAGCCAUGCACCACAUGAACGUCAGACGUCCGACUCGUCCACCGUCCGCGGUGUCUCCCCUCACGAUAGGGACACCAUCCGCGAAGCCCACGCUCAUACUCAGGCGGCUUCAUGGAACUCUCAUGCCAGCGAAAACACCUCCCUCCUUCAUCGCACCCAGUCGGGCUUCCCCGUUCCCCCGCCUAAGAAGUCGUACGGCGCGACGCUCACCCCCUCGUCCUCUGCCUCAUCCAUUGGCGCAGCCAAGGCGGAGAGCAUCUCCAGUGACACUAUGGGCAAGAUCUGUUUCUGGAUUGCGUUCGUUUGCGUCAUCGCCCCGCUGAUGCUCUUCGUGAGCCUCUGCUGCUGGGGACUCAUCGUCUUCAUCCCUAUGGCCAAGCUGAACUGGGCGCUCAUCAAGCACCUCUUCCAGCAGCCGCUGAGCAUCCGCUUCUGCUCUGCACCCUCCCCGGUGGUCAUCGUCCAGGAUGAGGAUGGAAAUCAGGAGGAACACGACGGGACGGAAACGCAGGAAAGCGAGCCCAUUACAUCGCAGUCUUCAAUCUCGGUCAAGCAUCCGCGUCUCUCGCAGGGCCAGGCCGCGCCCUCCAGCGGGUCAACCAUCCUGCUCUGCACGUACAAAGCGGCAGGCCUGCAGUACUUCAAGUACACCGUCGGUGGUGUGAACAUCAUCUUCGUCAACCUCAUGCCCGUCGUCUUCCUCGUCAUCUUCGACGGCAUCUACCUGCUCGAGCUCGUACGCCACAGGGACGAGAAAGGCCUCCCGGUCUCGCCCUUCCUGCGCAUCGUCGCGUCGCAGGCGCUCAUCUUCAUCAUGUCGCUCGCUAGUGUCAUUCCGCUCUCUUACUUCAUCGGCAUGGCGGUCGCCAGUAUCUCCGCACAGUCCAGUAUUGGCAUGGGCGCGGUCAUCAACGCAACCUUCGGCUCUAUCAUCGAGAUCAUCCUCUACUGUAUUGCGCUCACGCAGGGCAAAGGCCACCUCGUCGAGGGUUCCAUCGUCGGAUCCCUUCUCGCAGGCGUCCUCCUCAUGCCUGGCAUGAGUAUGUGCAGCAGUGCGGUCAGGCGCAAGGAGCAGCGGUUCAACGCAAAGAGCGCGGGCGUGACGAGCAUGAUGUUGAUCAUGGCCAUCGUUGGGACACUAGCACCGACGCUUUUCUACCAGACGUAUGGGAAUUUCCAACUCAUCUGCAGCGGUUGCCCAUCGACGCCUCGUCCUGGCAGCGAUGCACCCUGGAUCUGCGAGCGAUGCUACUACAAGCACCCAGAUCCCGUCUCCGACCCCUUCUACCAAAGCACGGUCAAGUCGCUUAUGUACUUCUGUGCCGCUAUUCUGGUCUUCUCCUACCUCAUUGGUCUCUGGUUCUCUCUCCACACGCACGCCUCGCAGAUCUGGCAGAACCCGCAACAGGUUAUGCACCCCGGCAUGGAGCUCCCCCUCCACAACCCGAACCGCAUGUCCAUCUACCACCGCCUCGCCGGCUCGGGCGAGCGCUCCCAGAGCCUGCCGCGCCAGCAGAGCCGCCAGACGCUGCGCCGCAAACCCAGCACGAUGGAUCAGGCGGACAGCCUGAAGGCUCCGCCGUCGCCGACGCUCGCGCGACGGGUGUCGUACGCGACGGGCACGCAACCGGGUCAGUCGUACCAGGGGUCUUUCCCGCACGGGUAUCAAGGAGGCUCGUACCAGGGCGCAUCGAGCGCGUACCCCGGUGUCUUGGAUAGCGUGGACCAUGCGGUAAAGGCGGCGCUGCCUGAGGGGCAGCCGCCUAAUGUGCUUACGGCGGAGGACUUCACGCGUGCGGUGGCCGUUGCAACGGUUAGUGCGCUUCGUCACCAGACGGCGCAUAGCCCUGGACGGGUCCGCACGUCGGGCGCGGUGCCGGCUGAGGCAGAGGGCGGAGGUCAUGGCGGACACGACGCCCCGUCUUGGAGUCGUAAGGUCAGCGCAAGUGUGCUGCUGUCGUGCACGUUCUUGUAUGCGAUCAUUGCUGAAAUCCUCGUUGACGUCGUCGAUGUCAUCCUCGAAGGCUCCGGCAUCGACGAGAAGUUCCUCGGUGUUACGCUCUUCGCGCUCGUGCCCAACACGACGGAGUUCAUGAACGCAAUGUCGUUCGCGCUCAACGGCAACAUUGCGCUGAGCAUGGAAAUCGGCUCCGCGUAUGCACUGCAAGUCUGCUUGUUGCAGAUUCCGGCCAUGGUCGCGUUCUCGGCGUGGUACGCUCCGGACAAGAUGGGUGAAGUAGCACAUACCUUCACUCUCAUCUUCCCUCGCUGGGAUGUCAUUGCGCUCGUCCUGUCGAUGUUCUUGAUGACCUACACCUACAUCGAGGCGCGCAGCAACUACCAUCGUGGCAGCAUUCUCGUUCUCAGCUACCUCGUCCUUGUCUCCGCCUUCUACUAUGCACCGCAGAACAAGGACGACGAGGAACUGGAUAACCCGGGGCCGGGUCUCACCGCGAACAACUUGACGGAAUUCAGCCUCAACAUCUUCCAGGCUGCUCGCUGGUACCUAUCGUCGCUCUUCUAA